UAAAUCGCAUGCAUACAAGUUUUACUGCCCUUCGGCGUUAACCAAUUCCAAUAAGUUGCCAUCAUAUUGCAUUAAAACUGCCGCAGUUGAUUUCAAACUAGUGGUGUCAUGGAUUUCAUCCGCGGACUGUCACUUUGCACAUUUGUAUGGAUUGUAUUAAUUUAUAAAGCAGCAGUUGCUGUAUUUACUGGACCUCAAGACACCUCUGUCUUGCGGGGAGCCACUACAACACUGUACUGCAGAAACCCUGACUACACAGGGCCAGGUGUAACCUUUUGGAGUGAAGGAGGAGAUACAUUCGCCACUGAGGGAGGUGUCUUUGGGUCUAACACUAAAUAUGACAACUUUGAUGUCAUCACAUCAUCAUCGACGCCAACAACUCAAUUGGAUCUGCAAAUAACCAACGCACAAAUCACAGACGAAGGAACAUAUGAAUGUGAAAUAACGCCAAGUAGACAGGCUGCAACACUCAAAGUUGAAAUUGCAGGAACUGUAGAUGGAAUCACAAUUGAUGGAGACUCAUCGGGCAAUCCAGUCAUCCUGAGAGCAACGGUGGAAAGUGUGCUGAGAUGCACAGCCAGGGGCUUCAGACCUGCUGUCAACUUGGAAUGGUACAAAAAUAAUGUCCAAAUAACAACAGGUGUCAGUGAAGAUGCACCUACUGUCAAUGGAGAUGGAACAAAUGACACGUCAGGCACACUGACGUUUACACCAACAAGGCAAGACAAUGAAGCCAUCCUAGAAUGCAGAACAACAGGACAGGUGGUUGCCCCAGCACAGAAAGCAUCACUCACUCUCAAUGUACAAUAUGUACCAGUGGUCUCAGUUGGGUAUGCUAAUGAAGUGAUAACUUGCUCGUCGGAUGCCAACCCACUGGCUACGAGUAAGAUCAUCCUGAAUGGCACUCAGGUUGUGAAGGAAUUCACGACCAGCCAAGGAUCUCAUCCAUUCACUACAGUAGAUGGCUGUACUGUCAUCAGUUGCAAUGCCACAAACACAGUAGGGACGGGAACAGCAAUUUUUCCCGAAGAAAUAUGCCCAGGACCGCCCAGUACAACAAAAACUUCAAUUCAGACAACGUUACCGCCAGUUGAGGCGACUACUGGUUUACCCAACUCAGUUGGCGCAGUAGUUGGAGCAACGGUGGCAGCUUUCGUCGCUGGAAUCGCCGCUGCCAGUGCCAUAUUUUACCUCUUGAGGAGGCGACAAAACCAGCCUACAGAAACACGUGGCUCGGAAAAAAACAGUACGCGUGAAGGCAGCGAUUAUCUGAAUCCAGACGAGCCGUUUCAAAGUGCAUCUGAAGUCGCGAAAAGGAGUCAAGAUAUUCUGAUGACAAACACUAGCCCAGCUGUGGUCUACGAGAGUAUCCAAGAGGAUCCCAAUGUAUCUCAGGCAUCAAAAGCUACCGUGUACGGCAAUGUUGGGCCUGAUCUCGCAUUCCCACGAGAUCUCGUAAUCAUCGAGAAAGAGCUGGGACGAGGUGCUUUUGGAAAGGUGCUGCUAGGCUCGGCUGUUGGGAUCGAGGAAAACGGAAAGAGGACAAUGGUUGCCGUUAAAACUCUCAAAGGGGGCGCUAGCAAUGAAGAUAAGAAGGAACUUCUUGAAGAGCUGGACCUCAUGAGAAAAGUUGGUCCGCACCCAAAUGUCGUUCAACUGCUUGGAUACUGUAAAGAGAAAGAUCCAGUAUAUGUCAUUGUCGAAUACCUUGCUAAGGGUGACCUCAAGAAAGUGCUGUUGAGUUAUCGAGAUAAGGACCGGGGAACAGGUUAUUCCAAUGUGCCCGGCUUGAGCAAAACUCUUUCACGGACCUUGGUCAAAUUUGCCAGGGAUGUGGCAAGUGGAAUGGCGUUCCUGUCAUCACAAAAGUGUGUGCAUCGUGACCUGGCUGCACGUAACGUGUUAGUGAGUGAUGACUUGGUUUGCAAGGUGUCUGACUUUGGGCUGGCUCGUGACGUCAUGAACAUCCGCAUCUACCAACGACAAUCACAGGGUCCCCUUCCUAUGCGGUGGAUGGCACUGGAAUCCCUACUAGAUGACGUGUACACAACAGAGAGUGACGUAUGGUCUUUUGGGGUAUUGUUGUGGGAGAUCAUAACACUUGGAGCCAGACCGUAUCCAAUGAUGACAGCCCAGGCGGCGGUGAGGCAACUUCAGAAGGGCUACCGUAUGCCCAAGCCCCAGCACUGCAGCAAUGAACUGUACGCCAUGAUGUGCAGCUGCUGGCAGAAGAUUCCUCAGGACCGACCUACCUUCCAGAGUCUCUACCAACAACUUAAUAACAUGCUGUCAGAAGACAAGGACUACAUCACCUUUCACAAGCUGGAUGAAAGCAUCUACGAAGUUACCAUGAUCGAAGCCAGUAACGAGAAAGUGUGAGAGUUACGCAAAGUCGCAUGGGCGAUGUAUCAGCGUUAUCGUUGUUGAAUAAUCGAACUGCCACAUCCAGAAUGUCUGCAAAGAAAUGAGUCAAAAUAUGAAAAUGUUUUUUUUCUCAAUUUUUGUUUCUGUAUCUUCGGUAUCCCCUAAAGGCAUUAUGUAUGUCUUAUUAGUUCUGAGGACAUCUGCCUGUAGGAGUUGAGAUAAUUCACGCUACAAAACAACUAGGCAAACACUGACGUCAUAGAGUUGCUGCAAUUUUGCUUUAGUCAUUAAACAGAUCAACCCGAUCCGAAUUCCCACUGGAACAAGCCUCACUUAUGAGUUUGCCUACUCUAUUGCAUGAUACGAUAAUAUAUUAGCGUCACAGUUACAGCAUGGCUAUGUUGCUGCACAGGCCUCACUUAUAAGUAGCGGUGGGUAGUCGGAUCAGAUUAGCUUUUUAAAGUCGAUCGUUUCUUCCAGUUACAACUGUUAAAGAUAAUCUCAAAGCUUACCCUUGUGUUAAAGUAUGCUAUACGUUAAAUGGGCUUUGUGCUGAUGAGUACAAGAACUACUGAAUUUCUACUUAAAGUCUAAACUAUACAGCAGAAUUGUCGUUGAUUUUCUGUUAUUAUUUCACAUGUGAUAUACAUUUGGCUUUGUAAAAAUGUCUUCUGCCUAAUUUUACAAACCCAUAGUUAAAAACAUAGCAUAAUAUCAAAGUGUAUGUAGAAAAAUUCUGUCGGUUAAUUGUAAGCACAAAACCUCAAAGGGCAAUAUUCCCUUAGAUUGAUCAUUUGUAAACUUAAAUUCACAUUGGAACAUUUGUAUUUUAGUAUUUCAAAUCAAUUUUAAAGAAGCAGGCGAGAACUAAAUUUUAAUCGAUUCACAGGUGAAAAUGUUUACACAGGGUACAUACAUAUACCUCUUCCCGUUGUAUGAAAGAUGGUUUUUGUCAAUUGUAAAAUUUUGUUGAAAUAAUUCAAAUAUCGUUGCUAGAUGUGUAACAAUUUUUUCCCAAAUAUAUACUUUACAUACAUCUUUACAGACCCAACCUAAAAAAAGUUGAGGUAGCUUUUUUUUAGUUGUAUUGAGGGAUAUCCAGGUAACAUGAACAAUGUGUACUUAGUCUAGUGGGACUGCGCCCACGGUCCACGUCCAUUAUGUAAAAGCCUACGUAAACAAAUGCGGCGUCACCAGUACACAGGUCUGUAUGAUGGAUUGGAGAUGGGUGAAUUGACAGAAAUGAUAGUAACUCUUCAGUGUUGAAAAUCUGAAUCCAUUUCAUUGUAAAGAGGGGACUGUAUAGCCUGCCUGUAGCAUAAUUGUGAGACUCUGACAAACCACUCUGUUUUUCAACUUCCCUCUGGAGGUUUCAAAGAAUUUAGUUCGGUUAAAAUGAAUAGGAAAUGCAUGACUAGAGUCGGUUAUGUUUAAAGCAGAGGUUGAGAUUGGGAUUGAAGGAAUAGUAUAGAUAUUAGUUCCAACUAUCCUAUUAAAGAAUGUUGAUUAAA